CCGGUAACCGCAUCGGAAUUCGAAAUGGUAGUCACAAUUCCAAAACAAGAAGCUUAAAACUGCAAAGUUGCAACAAAGCUAAGCAAAUUUUAGCACAGUUUCCAAGGUGAAUACAAAUAUCAUCAUGCUGCCAAGAUUAAUUGGAAAGAAGUACCCAAACAUAUCUGCUAUUUAUCAAUGUGUCAAUCCUGCAAGAAAUAGAUUUGAAAAAUACGUGUCUGCAUCUCUUGUAAAUUUGAGUGAAAAUCAAACAAAAGCAUACCUUCAUGUUGAACAGAAUUAUCAACAGCAUAAACAAGAUCAAAAAAAAAGAAGAACAUACUUCUUACCUUUCCUUCUUACCACUGCUGUGUCUCUCUCUGGUUUGAAAUACUAUUUAGAUCACAGAGCAACAACCUCGUGCUCGAAAAAAGUACCCCAAAAAUUGUUCUCACGACAAGAGGUGGCAAAGAAAAAUUCUAAAGAAACAGGUGUUUGGGUAAUUUUUGGCCAUGAUGUUUAUGAUAUUACUGAAUUUGUUGCUAAUCAUCCAGGUGGGGCAAAUUACAUUAUGUUAGCUGCUGGCAAGAAUGUUGAACCUUAUUGGGAAAUGUAUGCAUUCCAUAAAAAUGGUGAAGUUCUUGACAUUUUAAAAGAGUACCACAUUGGUGAAUUAAGAAAAGAAGAUUGGGUUGUGGAAGAAAGUUCAAAAGCUGGCCCAUUUGCAAAUGAUCCAAAGCGACAUCCAGCUUUGAUUGCUAAUUCUACUGAACCAUUUAAUGCUGAAACACCCCCUAUAUUGGCAGUAGAUAAAUUAAUCACUCCAAAUGAUUUAUUCUUUGUGCGCAACCACUUGCCUGUACCAAACUUACGUUCAAAGGAUCAUAAGCUGAUAGUUAAAGGACUUGGAAUAAAGAAAACCAUUGUUCUAACUGUUGAUGAAUUAAAAAGUAAAUACAAAAAAGUAACAUUAGAAGCAGCUUUACAGUGUGCUGGAAACAGAAGAAGUGAAAUGAAUCCCAUUAAGAAAGUCAAGGGACUAUCAUGGUCCCACAAUGCAAUAAGUAAUGCUGUAUGGGGUGGAGUGCUUCUUAAAGAUGUUCUUAUUAGAGCUGGUGUUGAACCAGAGGAUAAAAAUUUAAAACAUAUUCAUUUUGAGGGUGCUGAUACAGAUCCAACCGGUGCUCCUUAUGGUGCCUCGAUUCCUGCAAAUCGAGUUUUUAACAAAAAUACACCAAUUUUAAUAGCAUAUGAAAUGAAUGGAGAACCAUUACCAAGAGAUCAUGGAUUUCCACUUCGGAUAUUAGCACCUGGUAUAGUUGGAGCACGUAACGUAAAAUGGUUGCAGAAAAUUGUGGUGAGUGACAAGGAAUAUCCAGGCCAUUGGCAGCAAAAUGAUUAUAAACCAUUUUCACCAAAUAUUGAUUGGGACAAUGUUGAUUUUUCGAAAUCCCGUGCUAUUCAAGAGCUUCCAGUUACGUCAGCAAUAUGUUCUCCUCCAGAAGGUUCUGUAGUAAAUGAAUGUGAUGAGGAAGUUACAGUCAAGGGUUAUGCUUAUAGUGGGGGAGGAAAUGCAAUUGUUCGUGUUGAUGUAACUACAGAUGGUGGCAAGACAUGGCAUACUGCUAAAAUAAAUCAGACGGAUCAAGAUAUUUAUGACACUUUUUCUUGGGCCCUUUGGGAAUGCAUCCUUCCAAUACCACCAAACCAUAAUGGCAAAAUGGAAAUUUUAUGCCGUGCAGUUGACAGCUCUUGUAACACCCAACCAGAAACUGUUGCUCCAAUUUGGAACCUACGUGGUGUUUUAAACAAUGCAUGGCAUAAAAUGACCUUAAAGGUUGAGAAUGAUGAUGAUGAAUGAAUGGGGUUAAACAAUUAUGUGACAUUGAAGCAUUAGUUGGAAAAGAAAAUCUGAAAUAAGAGCAUAUAGUUAUCUAUAUGUUGUGAGUACUAUUAUAACUUUUUUAAGAAAUAUGAAAUUUAUUCGUGCAA